ACUGGCGGGUUUAUGUGUGUCUCCGCGGCUCUCUUUCGCUGAAAGCGGCCGGGUUGUUGUUGGUGUGUUUAGCUGUGUGUUCGUGGCGGGACCUGUCUGCUGUCUAAUCGGUUGUCAAACCCGCUUUUUGGUUAGCUGUUGGUUAUUAGCACGGCGGCUAUCUGUCGACACCAGCAGAACCGGCUGCGCAGACAGAAUGACAGCUCGCUGUUCGGCCUCGUCUGCGCAUGUCGUACUAUAACGUGGCCACGUGUUAUUGCUGCAUGUGAAGUGUGAUUUUAAUAACGUUUUAAAGAGAAGUCGGGGCUUCUUCAUUGUGCCUCGGUUAGAAACGCUCACACGGUGCCCGACUUUUCUUAGUCACGUACCGCCUUCGGGCAGCUCUGAUUGGGCAUUCGAAGUGCCAGUCAUCGCUAUCGACUUGUUGAUUGGCUGCUGCGCUGGCUACGUCAGCGUGUCGCUCUGCUUGCUUUACAUUCUUCGCCUUGGCCUACUGUGUUAGGUUAUAUAGCUCCAUAGUCAGAGACAGCAGAGGUGCUGGUGUAGAAAGGGCAGCGGUUUAUUUACGUAUAUAUUGUUAAUUUUCGCGUUAUUGUGUUACUGUCGUUAGGGUGGCCACAUAUUUAAAGCCUGUUACAAACAAGCUUUAAAGAUGUGUUGUUUAGAGCAAAUCCAGAGAGAUUGGUAUAUGUUGGUAUGCAUUUAUUUUAUUUAUUUAACUCAUUUAACCUAGUGGUGCCAUCCUUCAAGUGGUUGCUGUGUGAGAUAUUAAGGAGCUCUGUUGUCUUGUUAAUUAAUCAAGGUGUCACUUCAUGUUUUCUGACAGCAGUGCGUGCGUUUAAUGUGAUUUUUGCUGUCUCAUGUCUAUGCUUCUAGCCUAUUUUUUUUAGACCUGCUCUGCUCAGUGGUCCUGCAGGACAGUCAGCUUUUGUCUUUCAUUUGUAUUUUUUUAUUUUAAUCAGUCUAAUUGAUCUUAUGAAAGUACUUUAAGCAUACAUAAACAGUUUGUUUUGCUAUUAGGGUUGAAAAGCCUCUGAGCGAGUGUGCUUUGGGUCAUCAUUCUAUGAUUACCUUCUCUUCAUUAUUUAGAGAUUAAUAUAGAGCUCUUUAUGAUCUUAUCAUCAUAAAUUUUUUUUUUAUAAUGGUCAUUUUGCAGUUCACAUACUGGCAUUUGUAAUCGCACCUUUAAUGAUGUUCAUUUUUGUUAUGGUCUUGAGGUCAUUGUAUCAGCAGCAAUAAGCAGGUAAGUGCACAUAGGCUUGCAGCUCUAAUGUUGAACCCUUCUGUUUGUGGGACUGUUGAAAAACAGCGGUUUUCAUGGUGAUGGACCCUCCCGGCGGGCGAGAUGAGCGUCGCCGUCAGGCUGAGCGUCUUCGGCGGGAGGAGGCAUACUAUCACUUCAUCAACGAGCUGAGCGAGGAGGAGUAUCGGCUGAUGAGAGACAGCAACCUGCUGGGCACGCCUGGUGAGGUUACAGCUGAGGAGCUGAGGCAGCGUCUGGAUGGAGCUAAGGAGCGCGUGUCUUCCCAGCCCCGCCCUGAAGCACACCUACAGAACAGUGAAACAGGACAGGAGGGCAGCAGUGGUGCUGCCGAGCCUGGGACAGAGAGUGCCAAUGGUGACUCUCUUCUGGAGUGGUUGAACACAUUCCGUCGCACGGGAAAUGCCACCCGUAGUGGUCAGAGCGGCAACCAGACGUGGCGUGCUGUCAGUCGCACGAACCCCAACAGUGGCGAGUUUCGUUUCAGCCUUGAAAUCAACAUCAAUCAUGAGCAGCCUGAGCCAGGGGAGCACAGCGACGUGCCAGACCCUGCCGACCUUCCUGUUCCCCCGUCUCCACGGCCUUCUGCUUCUAUACGUGCGCCACAGAGGCCCGUUCCCUAUACGACCCAGCACCCUGCCCCUUACUCCACAGCCAGGCCCACGCUGGGGCGGAGGGCCCAGGCACGGCGCACUCGCAGCAGCACGACUCCGCCCAUAACCCCUCCUCUCCUCUCUCAGACUCCGUACACGGCUUUAAGAAGGAAUCUUGUUCUCCCCCACCCGGCCCCGCCUCCUCCUCCACAGCCCCCACCCACUUCUCAGCACCAGAGCCAGGAUAGUGAUAAUAAUGGUGGUAAUGUUUUGGGUCUGGCACAGGCCCCGGCUCCUUCGACUGGAAACAGCGAGGGGCAGGAUGCUCCUGAAGUCCCAGAGUGUCCAGACACUGUGUCUGUGUCUGCCCUGCAGGGGGCAGUGGCUGGCCGGGAGGCUCGUACAAGCAGGACUCGUUCACGUGGCCGUGUGCGCAGGGUGGCUGGAUCUGGUGGCCUGCCGCGGUCCUCACGCCGUAGCCGCUCCCCUUUGGACCGAAACCCUGCCCCCAGCUCUAGCCCCUCCCCCAGCAGGGGCACACCUGUUGCACUAGAAUCCGACGGAAGCAUGACUGUUGCAAUGGAGACAGGCGAGGCUGCCGUUGAGGCUGUUUCUGCGACGGCCUCUACAGACCCUGCUCCACCCACGGAGGAGGGUGAGGCAACUGCUCAGAAUGCUGCAGCAGCAGGAGGAGGAGCUGGAAGUGGGGCAAGACGCCAUCCCACCAUCAUGCUAGACCUGCAGGUGCGGCGAAUCCGGCCUGGAGAGAACCGUGACAGGGACAGUAUAGCCAGCCGCACGCGUUCCAGAGCCCGCGCUGCUGAGAACACGGUCACCUUUGAGAGUGACAGUGGCGGCUUUCGGCGCACCAUAUCCCGCUCAGAGCGGGCAGGAAUACGCACUUACGUCAGCACCAUCCGCAUCCCUCUGCGGCGCAUAUCUGAGACUGGUCUGGGGGAGCCCAGCUCCACCGCUCUGCGCUCUAUCCUGAGACAGAUCAUGACUGGAUUUGGAGAGCUGAGUUCACUGAUGGAGACUGAAGCAGAUUCUGAAAGUGCAGCCCCUGGCCAGACUGGAGGCCAUUCCCCCGGAGCCCAGGGGAACGAAGGAGUGCCAGGCCACCAGGGGCCAGAGACAGAAAGAGAAGGUGGGUCUCCAGGAGAGGUGGGACAGAGAUCAAACGGGGGUGACGUUCGGCCCAGUGGCCGAGACACCAACAACCUGGUGGAAAACGGCACGCUGCCCAUUCUGAGGCUUGCCCAUUUCUUCCUGCUGAACGACGAGGAGGACGACGAGCACCCACGAGGCCUCACCAAAGAGCAAAUCGACAAUCUGGCCACACGCACCUAUGGCCAGGCCAGCCUGGAGGGCGAGCAGGGGCGGGCCUGCAGCGUCUGCAUCAACGAGUAUGCCCAGGGCAACAAGCUGCGCAGCCUGCCCUGCGCCCACGAGUUCCACAUCCACUGCAUCGAUCGCUGGCUCUCAGAAAACAACACCUGCCCCAUCUGCAGGCAACCCAUUCUGUCUGGACACCAAGACUGACGGCAGGCCGCUUUCUAUCCCUGUCCUCACCCUCCCUUUACAGUAACCCUCACCGGCCAAUUCAUUGACUGACUCUAUUCUCCGUCGUUGGUGGCACCUGUACUUACAGUUGUGGUUAGACGUUUACAUGCUCUCAUAAUGGACAUGAAUGCCAUGAGCAAAAUUUGUCUUUCAUUGAUUGUCCCAGAAACUAGUUUUUCAAGUUUGCCAUGAAUUUCAUAUUCAUGAUGAGUGUAUUUAAGCUUCCGACCACAAAUGUAGCGCUUCAAUCAAUGUUUUCAUCUGUCGAGACCCACUGUAUUCAGCUGAACGUAGAACCAAAAGAAGAAGAAACAACACAGAUAACUUACAAAGCUUUAUUUUUUUAGACUUUUAUUUUCAGCUCUUUUAUCGCUUUCUUCCUCAGUCCACUUGGUCUCCUUUGCGUGACCCCCUGCCCCCAACCACAUUGUGCUUCAGGGUCACAUUAACAGACAUUUACUGUGAUGAAUCAGUGUUAGCAACAGCUAAUCCGUCUCGCUUUCAGUUUUCCUUUUGAGUUUUGUGGCUUCACAAAAAAUGGAUUUUACAGACCGACCUCUGAACCCAAGACUCUGAGGACAUGUAAAUAUACGAAUGCCUGUGUUUUGGGGGUUUGGAAUGAGACACAGUAGGAUGCUCCUCCUGUAAAUUUGUUUUAAGAGCGAACUUUAGUUUUUAAGCGCUUGCAGCCGAGUCCUUUGUUUUAAUGCUCUUAUGGCGGAAUCUUCCAUUUUAAAGCUCUUAACAUUGGAUAACGUUCUUUUAAGAACAUUUUCAUUCAGAGUGUGCUAGUUAGCCUGAUGACUGAUCUCUGCUCUAAUUGAUUCUAUAUGUUUUAGCCAUUGCAGUCUUUGUGAGUUCAUGUUUUUUUUUUAUGAUCAAUUGAAAUAGUAACGAGCCACUUAACAAACACUACAUACAUGCAUAUUACGAAGAAAUGGGCUUAUGCUGGACUCAGUUUGAAUGUCAUUUACAUUUCUGGUGCAAAGGUGUGGUGAUACACACGCACACGCAGAUUGAAUUAUUUAACUAUUGUAUUGUCUGACCCAUUGAGUGCAUGAUUGAUUUGUUUUGUUUUCACCUGCUUAUGAACACCGUAUCAGCCAGAAACAAUGGUCACAAUAUUUAGUGAUGAGUGAUAAUCAAUUAAGCAUUUUUUUAAAUGAAGCAUUUGUAGGAGCAGCCCCGUACGGUAAUGGUUAUGGCCUGUCAUGGGCCAGACUUCUAAACAGGUUGUGCAAUGAUUUGAAAAGGAGUGGAAGGGUACUGAACGACUUGAUAGUGAAGAUAUUUUAUUUGUAAGACCCUAGUGGGUUGUUUUCAAACCCACUCCCUUUUUACUAGUUUACUCAGUCUUAAUUAUUAUGCUUUCUGCAUAUUGGGUGUUUAAGCUCUUUACCCAGCCCUUGCUGUUGACAUUUUAGAGGUGUUUUUGGUGCAAUUGUUUCAGUCUUAUGGCCUUGUCUUCCAGGUCCUUUCAUUAUUAUUAUUUUUUAUUAAUAAUAAGCCCUUUACAUUGUUUCACAAACAAAGUUUUGUUAAAUUUCUGCCUGUUGCUGGGAAUAUACUGUCCAUACACAGUAAGAACUGCGCCCAAGGUCAAAUUAUUUGUCAAAUCACUUGGUGAAGAUGGCUGAAAAGAAUCACCCACUGAACCUGGUUGGAAAAUGCUCUGGAGUACACCUGUAAACAAGGUGGCGCAUUAAACAUUGACCCCUAUUAAAAGUUGUCUGCACACUUUUUGUUAAUUUAAAAAAUGUGAAUUGCAAAUAGGGGAUACUGAUAACAAGCAAUUUGAAUUUAGACAUUUAGAGAACGAUGAUUGUCAUUAAGGCUAUUCUUAUCCUAAAAGAAUUUACUCUGUGUGAAGCGGGCAGGAUACAUACAGUGCUGUUUGGUCACCACUCAGGGCAUUUAACUGAUUUUCUGCAUAAACAAAGGAAUUCAGAGUGGUGUGAUGUGAAUUGAUCCAUUAUAGAGAAACUUGCAGCUUUGUUUAAUAGUGUGAUGGGGAUGGGAACAAGCCUGCAACAUAAAAAUAUACAGCUUAAAAUAGGUUCUAAAAAAGGUCAUUCGAACACAUCAGCAGCUAAUUGGGUGGGAUCAUUGUCCUAGCUAAAUUUGUACGU